GGUGGUUGAUUGGAGGAAGUUAGCGGAAGUGGGGUUUUUUUGCACUUCCGCCUCAAUCGUCAGAACCGAAGAAUCAUCAUGGAGGAUUCAGAGCCACGGAAGCUGCCACGUGUGCCAGAAAAUCUGCUGAAGAAAAGGAAGAAGUAUCAGGGACUGAAAGCGGCUGAAGCGAAAAGGGCGUUAGAGGAGAAGAGGAAGCUUCAGCCGGGGAAGCCAAUCACCUUUAAGCGUCUGGAGACCUUUGUGAGAGAUUCCCGAAGAAAAAUGCGUGAUGAAUCCCGACUGCGCAGGAUGAAGGCUUAUCCCAAGAAGGCUCCCAGCACAGCCAAUCACAAGCUAGCGUUUGUCGUGCGAAUUGCUGAUAUUCAGGGCGUCAGUAACAAGGUUCUGCAAGCCCUGAAGGUUCUUCGGCUCGGUAAGAUUUUCGCUGGGGUGUUAGUGAAGCUCUCGGAGUCAUCCAUAAAGAUGCUACAGGUUGUGGAGCCAUAUGUAGCCUGGGGGUUCCCCAACUUGAAGUCUGUGCGAGAACUUAUCCUGAAACGUGGGAAGGCGAUAGUGAAUCGGAAGCAGGUGGCACUGACUGACAAUACGCUGAUAGAGGAGCACCUAGGAAAAUACGGGAUCAUCUGCCUGGAGGACUUAAUUCAUGAGCUGUACACGGCAGGAGAGAAUUUUGUAGAAGUGAACAAGUUCCUGUGUCCUUUCAGACUGUCGGUAGCAAGGCAUGCUGCCACUAAUAGGAAAGGCUAUCGGACUGAGUUGGGGGACCCUGGGCACCGGGGAGUGGGCAUCAACCAGCUCAUCCGGCAGCUCAACUAGAGGAUAACCAGGGGACGAUUGUGUGAUGAGUCCUGGCAUCUGGGCAUGCAGGGACAUGUGGUGCCGUCCUGACACCUACAGACCCUCUUCAUCUACCACCACUGUCACUCUGUGACUGAACUUUGUGCUUAUGGACCUACCGUUGUGUAAUGAUCAGUUAUAUUUUGUUAUAAUAAAGCCGUUCUACCGUC